AGAGUGUCAUUAGGGCAUCGAUACAGAAAUGUAACGACACUAAUGGUUUUAUGCGAAAACCACAGGAAAUUUUUAAACGACCUCCGUAUUGGUGAACUUGCCGAAAAGCUUGAUUUCCAUGAUUUUGAAAUAUGUUUUGAACAUUCUCUAUAAGUUUUGCCAAUAAUGCUAAUUCUUUGUUUACAACCUUAUUUUUGCUAAUGUCGUUUGCAUACUGAAUCAUUUAUGUUUGUGCAUAACCUUUUUACGUUUCUGUGUAUAUCUUAUCUUAAACUGUUUAAACAAAACGAAAUUGAAACAAAGAUAUAGACAAAAUAAAAAAUGAUCUGAAAUUACUGGCGGGGGACAACCCAGUAUGCAGAUUAAUACUGUAUUAUCUUACAAGUAAUACCUUUGUUAUAUAAUAUCAUAUGAUAUUCAUUUGCAAUAAUUUUUAUAAAAUCAAUUUGCAUAUUCAUAAAGGAAGAUACAUUAUACAUUAUAUACCAAAUCAACCAACAAUAUAAUUUUAAUUAUAUAAUAAUUUGCUUCAUAUUAGAAGACUAACAUACAUAUGAGUGAUUGAUAUAGCAUGUUGCAGUAACAACUGUUAAAGGAUGGCUGUACCUACGCAUACUUUAAGUAAUGGACAAAAAAUCCCUGUCUUAGGACUUGGUACUUGGCAAGCUGGAGACAAUCCAGGUGCUGUUGAACAAGCAGUGCGAGAUGCGGUGGAUGCCGGUUACAGACAUUUUGACUGCGCUUAUAUUUACUGCAAUGAAAAGGAAAUUGGCAAAGCUCUACGCGAUAAAAUUGCAGAGGGUGUGAUAAAACGAGAAGAUUUAUUUAUCACGACAAAGUUAUGGAAUUCAAUGCACAGGAAAGAAUUGGUAGUACCAGCAUGCAAAAAAUCACUUGAAAAUUUCGGAUUUGAUUAUGUUGAUCUUUACCUUAUUCACUGGCCCAUGGGAUUUGAUGAAAAUUCUGAAGGUCUGUGGCCAGUCGAUGAGAAAGGUAAUCCCAUGUAUGGAGACGUGGAUUAUCUCGAUACGUGGCGAGCUAUGGAAGAAUGUGUAAAGCUGGGAUUAACUAAAAGUAUAGGUCUUAGUAACUUUAACUCCCAACAGAUCGAUCGUGUUUUAUCGAUCGCCCAAAUCAAACCUGUCAUGUGUCAAGUGGAGUGCCAUCCAAACUUAAAUCAGAAAAAACUACGUGAUUUCUGCACGCAACGUAACAUAUCUAUCACAGCUUACAGCCCAUUCGGUUCUCCUAAGCGUACUUGGGCGAAACCUGGCGAUCCAGAAGUUACCAUCGAAUCAGCAGAAAUAAUCGCAAUUAGCAAAAAGUACGGAAAGACUCCGGCGCAAGUUGUUUUACGAUACUUGAUCGACAUUGGUACCAUUCCUAUACCUAAGUCUAGUUCGAAGGAACGUAUUAAAGAAAACAUCAAUAUCUUCGACUUUAAGUUAACAUUACAGGAAAUUGCAACCAUCAAUACACUUGACCGCGGAAUUCGUAUUUGUCCUGCUGCAGAGUUUAAGGGACACAAGGACUAUCCGUUCACUAUAGAAUUCUAAAAGAGAAAAUAGAUUCACUAUUUUACAUAACUGUCUUAUUCUAUUAAAUGUUUCGUUAAACAUUUUGUUUUAUUAAACGUAUAUUAUAUAUAUAUAUAUAUAUAUAUAUAUAUAUAUAUAUAUAAGAACAUAUAUUCUAUGUAACUUUCAUUCAUGCUUGUAAUUAGUUCUAUUUUUAAUAAAUCAUUGUUAUAAAAAGAA